CCUAGGUUAUAUUUUUUUUUUUCCACCUGGUAGGGGAAAAAAAAAGUUCUGAGGUCGAGCUGCUGUCAACAAACUCUUCCACUUUCUACAUCUCCAAACUGAUCCGAGUUGCGAGUUAUCUCUCCCACCCUCCACUUGACCAGCUCGACAAUUGUAUAGAGGUCUCCCCCCCAAUACACCCGAUUCAUUCUCCGUGUAUACAAGCUACGAGGAUAUCAUACCUACCUCCAACGGUUACAGCAAAGAUUCGUUGCAGCCAUGUCGAUGACACCCGUCGCGCUCUAUGGGCUCGAGGUCCCGCCCUUGGGCAUCAUGGUUCCUGCUAUGCAGGAAGAUAGUAUACCAGACGCUUGCUUCCGUAUUACCAUGGCCGCCCUUGACCCAACUGAGCCUCCCGAGCCCGAUGCGGACGGGAACCUUCCUAAUGUCCCUCGCGCUACCUUGAAGCUCAUCCGCAAGCGUGUUUCUCUCGAUGACGAUCUUGAUGACGACUACCUGAGCAAGUUGAUGGCCGGGGAUUCUGACGAGGAUUCUGACGACGAUGAAGAUGACGAUGAGCCCAAUGGCGGUCCCAGCGAUAAGGCCAAGUCCAAGAAGGCCAAGGCAGAGGCGCUUAAGAAGCUCAUCGCCGCUGCCAAUGCCGAGGACUCUGACGAGGACAUGGAUGAUGGCGAUGCCAAACCUAAUGGCAAAGUGAACAAGAAAGGCAAGGAGCCCGCAACCUCCAGUGACGAUGACGACGAUGAGAGCAUGUCAUCCGACGAUGUCGAGAUUGAGGAGCUUGUCCUUUGCACACUAGACACGGAGCGUAACUACCAACAACCAUUGGAUAUUACUAUCAGCCCUGAAGAGCAAGUUUUCUUCAUCGUUAAAGGAACACACACUAUUCACCUCACUGGUAACUACAUCGUUGAUACGGACGACGUCUCUGACUCUGAAGACGAUGAUGAGGAUGAUGACUAUGAUCUGCCUGAGGGCAUCGAGGGUAUGGAUGACUACGAGUCCGAUUCAGAAGUAGAUGAACUCGAUGAUAUCCAAGACCCGCGGAUCGCCGAGGUUGAUUCAGAGGAUGAAGAGGAGGCCCCCAAACUAGUCGACUCUAAGAAGGGCAAGAAGCGACCCGCCGAAGAGGAAGCCGAGAGCUUGGACGAUAUGAUCGCAAAGGCAAACGCUACCGAGGAGGGAAAACUCAGCAAGAAGCAGCAGAAGAAGUUGAAGAACAACAAGGGUGAAGCCGUCGCUAAAGAGGGUGCCAAGGCCGAGGCGCCCAAGGAGACUUCGACCAAGAGCGAUAAGAAGGUACAGUUUGCUAAGAACCUUGAGCAAGGCCCUACCGGUCCUGCCGCUGCCGAGAAGGGUGCUACCUUAGGCGUCAAGGUUGUGCAAGGCGUCACAAUUGAUGAUCGCAAGCUCGGCUCUGGUCGCGUCGUCAAGAAGGGCAACCGGGUCGAAGUUCGGUAUAUCGGUAAGCUUACCGACGGCAAAGUGUUCGACUCAAACAAGAAGGGAAAGCCCUUUAGCUUCAAGGCCGGGACUGGGGAUGUGAUCAAGGGAUGGGAUAUUGGUGUUCAAGGCAUGUCGGUCGGUGGAGAACGACGUCUCACCAUUCCCGCAAACCUUGCCUACGGCAGCAAAGCCCAGCCUGGCAUUCCAGCGAACAGCCAGCUAAUCUUCGAUAUCAAAUUGCUCGGUAUCAAAUAAGCAGACAAAAUGCACUAAUACCCUUGGUUCGGCGCGUGGUACAGAAUUCCCUUGGUGUGCAUUUUUCACCUUAGCUAUGACUGGUUUGUGGAUGCCAGUCAGGUGUAUUUAUUAUGCAGGCUGUGGUCUAUCUCCGUUUUGACUGGGGUAGAAUAUCUCCUGAACGAAUAUCUUUAUGGAUGGUUUGUAAUCUUGCGCUUUGGGGUCUCUGACCUGCGCGAGUCUGCGAGGAUCCGGUCUCCCCUAGACACGGGAAGCAGAUGUUGUUAUAAGGGAUGACGAGGUCUACAUUGCAUCAACGGCGUUAUCAAAAGUUGAUUUCGGAGGACAAUCUCAUGCGAUGGUGGGUCUCAUUGUUAAUUUUUCAGGUACAUAGCUAUGACACCUUUAGAUGAAUCCUGACUUCUCCAA